GCCGGCCCGCCCUCACGGCUGCCCCGUCGCUGGCGGCGAUGGCGGCGGCGGGGCGCGCUGAGGCGGGGGACGCUGGGGCGGGGGACGCGGUGCCCGGGGGCCCGGUGCCCGCGCUGCGGCUGCGGCUGGCGGCGCUGGGCCGGCGGCUGGCGGCGCGCGGCCGAGCGGGCGGCGACGAUACCUUCUUAGCAAAGGGCUCUGCGACUCUGGGCAAGCUGGAGGACCUCUGUAACGAAGGGAGAGAACGUCCUUCCAUGCUUUUGCAGCUCUAUACACAGGCUGUCUUAGAUAUUACGUAUUUUGAGGAAAACCAGCUUGUGGAUGAAGAUUUUCCAGAGGAAUCUUCCUUGCAAAAAGUUAAAGAACUUACUUGUAUUCUCUCAGAACCAGAAGACCUAGUGUGGGAAUGCAACAUAAAUGAAGAACCCAUCAGCAUCCUUGGUGCAGAGCUGUUAGAAUGUCUUUACUGGAGAAAAGGAGCCCUGCUUUACAUGUAUUGUCAUACAGCAAAAGAAAGGCAUGAAUGGCUACGAGAAAACAUUGCCAUAUUUAAAAAGUGUCUUAAUGAUGGAGUUCAUUACUUGGUGAAGAUGCUUAGCUUUAGAUGCCCUCUUCAGCUAAAUGACGAUGUCUCACUUCAAGAUAAAGACACAGCUAGAUUACUCGGUGAAGGUAUAUUUAGUGACACUCACUUACUGGCGAUGAUGUACAGUGGAGAAAUGUGCUACUGGGGACUACAACACUGUGGAGAAGGGUUGCAGGAAGCCCUUGAGACAAUAGAUUCCGUCUCUAACAGGGACCUGGGCCGCACAUCACAGAGCGAGUUGCUGUGUUUCCGAGAAACAGGCAAAAAGAUGUUAACGAAGUAUGUGGCUGUAUGUGAGGGACCUUUAAAAGGCCAAGGCUGGAACACAACAAUUGCAAAGCAAAUGUUGCAGUACUUUGCCAAAUCCCACAACUAAAAUACACUCCUUUGGCUGCGCUGAAGGAAAGCGGGUGUCCGAGGAGAGCAUGCUUAGAGGGAGGCAGUCUCUGCUGCAGUGUCUGACCGUUCUUAUCCAAAUGUAUACUUCCGUGGCAUUAAAAACGUGCAUUGAAAGAA